AGAUUCAAAUUUGAUAUCGUAAGUAUAAAAUUCUUUCUCCAGAAACAAUAUGUUGGGAACUAUAAGUUCCUCCUGCUGAGACAUUGAGGACUAAUUUGGUGCAUUGUACUCGAGACGAGUAGCAUCUGCAUUUUGAAGGUAAUGGGAGAAGGGAAGGUUAAGAGUCCGCUUAUAGCUAGUGAUGGUGUUGAACUUACAGAAGUCGAUGUAAAGGGCUUUGGAAAAAAUGAAAUGAAGGACUUACUAGAUAGACUUAUGAAGAUUCCGGAGAAGGACAAUGAAGGAUUUUUGCUAAAGCUCAAGCAACGACUAGAUAGAGUUGGACUUGAGGUUCCAACUAUUGAAGUCCGGUUUGAAGAUCUAACUGUUAGUGCAGAAGCUUAUGUUGGUAGCAGAGCAUUGCCUACUAUACAAAAUUCAUGUGCUAAUAUGGUCGAGGGUUUCUUGAGUUAUCUUCACAUUCUUCCCACUCGAAAGAAACCAUUACCUAUUCUUCAGGAUGUCAGUGGUAUUAUCAAGCCUGGCAGAAUGGUGCUGCUUUUAGGUCCUCCGAGUUCAGGGAAAACAACUUUACUUCUAGCUUUGGCAGGAAAACUUGGAUCAGAUUUACAGGUAUCCGGGAAAGUAACUUACAAUGGAUGUGAGUUGAAUGAGUUUGUGCCACAAAGGACAUCGUCGUACAUAAGUCAACAUGAUAAUCACAUGGGAGAAAUGACGGUCAGAGAAACAUUAGAUUUUUCAGCAAGAUGUCAAGGGGUUGGAUCUCGUUAUGAUAUGUUGGUAGAACUAUCAAGGAGAGAAGAGGAAGAAGAUAUCAAAGCAGACCCUGACAUUGAUAUGUACAUGAAGGCAACAUCACUAGAAGGGCAAGAUGUUAGUUUAUUGACUGACUAUACUUUGAAGAUUUUGGGACUUGAAGAUUGUGCUGACACCGUUGUUGGGAAUGAAAUGAUAAGAGGUAUUUCUGGAGGAGAGAAGAAGAGAUUGACAGCAGGGGAGAUGAUGGUUGGACCAGUAAGAGCAUAUUUUAUGGAUGCCAUAUCGAAUGGUUUGGAUAGUUCAACAAGCUAUCAGAUUGUAAAUUCAAUUAGGCAAUCUAUCCACAUUCUUGAAGGGACGGCUGUUAUCUCACUCCUCCAACCGGCACCAGAAACUUAUGAAUUGUUUGAUGACAUUAUCCUGCUUUCAGAUGGAAAAAUAGUUUAUCAAGGACCCUGUGAAAAUGUGCUAGAGUUCUUUGAGUUGAUGGGAUUUAAAUGUCCUGAAAGAAAAGGAGUUGCUGACUUCUUACAAGAAGUGACAUCAAGGAAAGACCAAGAGCAAUAUUGGAUGAACAGAGAUAAAGGGUAUAGUUUCGUAAGUGCAACUGAAUUUGCAGAAAAAUUCCGGUCCUUUCAUGUUGGUGUGGAACUAAGUAAUGAUCUUGCAAAUCCAUUUGACAAAGCGAAGGGCCAUCCUUUAGCUUUAACAAAUAAGAAAUAUGGCGCUAACAAGAAGGAUCUUCUGAUAUCUUGCAUAUCUAGGGAAUACUUGCUUAUGAAGAGAAACUCCUUUAUCUUCAUUUUCCAAAUUAUACAAAUCAUCUUUGUUUGUUCUGUGGCAAUGACGGUUUUUCUAAGAACCAAUAUGCACAAGAAAACUGAGGAAGAUGGUCAACUUUACCUUGGGGCUCUUUAUUAUACAGUAAUCACUGUGAUGUUUAAUGGACUAUCUGAAAUCGCCUUGAGCACCAUGAGACUUCCUGUAUUUUACAAGCAAAGAGAACUUCUGUUUUUUCCAGUUUGGGCAUACUCAAUACCUACAUGGAUCCUUAAAAUCCCUGUCACACUCUGGGAAGUUGUACUUUGGGUCUGUUUGACUUAUUAUGCCAUUGGAUACGAACAAGACUUUGAAAGAAUCAUUGGACAUAUUCUUGUGCUCCUUUGUGCUCAUCAAAUGGCCUCAGCACUAUAUCGGUGCAUAUCUGCUAUAGGAAGAAGCAUGAUUGUUGCCAACACCUUGGGCUCAUGUACAUUACUUGCAGUACUUGCUUUAGGUGGAUUUGUUCUGUCAAAAGAUAACAUCCAUCCAUGGUGGAUAUGGGGUUACUGGAGUUCACCGUUAAUGUACGCGCAGAAUGCUAUUGCAGUAAAUGAAUUUCUUGGGAAGAGUUGGAGACAUGUUCUUCCAAACUCAAAUGAACCACUAGGAGUGACUGUCAUGAAGACACGUGGACUUAUGCCAGAUGCAUACUGGUAUUGGCUAGGAAUAGGAGCAUUGGUUGGAUAUAUGUUCUUAUUUAAUUUACUCUCUGCCACUGCUCUCGCCUAUUUCAACCCAAUUGGGAGGCCCCAGGCAAUUCUAAGUGAAGAAACUUUGGCUGAGAGGACCUCGUCAGGAAGAGACUUGACAGCCUGUGCAAUGUUCACAACCAACGGUAGCAUGGAUUUAACAUCCAAAAAGAAGCAUGGGAUGAUUCUUCCUUUCCAACCCCUUUCAAUCUGUUUCAAUGAUAUUAAGUAUGCAGUGGAUGUUUCACAGGAAUUAAAGGCUCAAGGUUUCCUUGAAGACCGGCUAGAAAUAUUAAAAGGUGUUAGUGGUGCAUUCAGACCAGGAGUUCUUACAGCUCUAAUGGGUGUUAGUGGAGCUGGAAAGACCACUCUGAUGGAUGUGUUGGCUGGAAGAAAAACAUGUGGUUAUACUGAGGGAACAAUUACGAUAUCUGGCUACCCUAAGAAGCAAGAAACUUUUGCUCGUAUAGCAGGAUACUGUGAGCAGACAGAUAUUCACUCUCCUUAUGUAACAGUUUACGAGUCUCUUCAAUAUUCAGCAUGGCUUCGGCUGCCUCCUGAAGUUGAUAAUAUAACAAAAAAGAUGUUUGUUGAGGAAGUUAUGGAGCUUGUGGAGCUGACCCCCUUGAAAGGAGCCCUUGUAGGACUGCCAGGUGUAGAUGGUCUCUCAACCGAGCAACGCAAAAGGUUAACUAUCGCAGUUGAGUUGGUGGCUAACCCAUCCAUAAUAUUCAUGGAUGAGCCAACCUCAGGUCUUGAUGCCAGGGCAGCAGCAAUAGUGAUGAGAACUGUGAGAAACACGGUGGAUACAGGCAGAACAGUGGUGUGCACUAUCCACCAGCCAAGCAUUGACAUAUUUGAUGCUUUUGAUGAGUUGAUUUUACUAAAAUCCGGAGGUGAAGAAAUAUAUGUUGGACCAUUAGGCCAUCAGUCUUCCGAUCUUAUUGAAUACUUUGAGGCAAUCAAUGGAGUUCCUAAAAUAAAAGAUGGUUAUAAUCCAGCAACCUGGAUGUUGGAUGUAACAUCAAAAGGACAAGAAGAAGCACUAGGAGUUAAGUUUGCUGAAGUGUACAAAAAAUCAGAAUUAUAUAGGAAGAACAAGGAAUCUAUAGAGGCAAUUAGCAAACCAAUACCUGGUUCUCAGGAUCUACAAUUCGCUACACAGUACUCGCAAUCUUUCUUCACUCAAUGCAUAGCUUGCCUCUGGAAACAACACUGGUCGUACUGGCGAAAUACUAACUACAGUGCUAUAAGAAUUCUAUUCGCAAUUUUCACAGGAUUACUCUUUGGGACUAUAUUCUGGAAUGUUGGUCCAGUAAGGGGAACAAAGCAAAAUCUCUUCGACUCCAUGGGCUCCAUGUAUGCAGCGGUUAUAUUUCUUGGCAUACAGAGUGCUUCAUCAGUACAGCCAGUUGUUGGUGUAGAAAGAACUGUCUUUUAUAGAGAAAGAGCAGCUGGGAUGUAUUCAGCUAUUCCAUAUGCAAUUGGACAGGUUUUAAUCGAGCUUCCAUACGGUUUUAUCCAAACAAUCCUCUAUGGCGUCAUAGUUUAUGCAAUGCUCGGAUUCGAGUGGACAGCUGCCAAGUUCUUCUGGUAUAUUUUCUUCAUUUACUUCACCUUGUUGUACUUCACCUUUUACGGAAUGAUGACAGUAGCAGUCACUCCAAACCACAACAUUGCUGCUGUAUUUUCAACAUUCUUUUACGGAUUGUGGAAUCUUUUCUCUGGUUUUAUCAUUCCAGUAACAAGAAUACCAGUGUGGUGGAAAUGGUGCUACUACACUUGCCCUAUUUCUUGGACAUUGUAUGGAUUACUUGGUUCACAAUUCGGCGACAUUGAAGAAAAACUUGAAACUGGUGAAACGGUGGCACAAUUCAUCAAGAGCUACUUUGAGUAUGAUCAUGACUUUGUGGGAUGUGUAGCACUUAUUAUAGUUGGGUUAGCAUUUCUAUUUGGAAGCAUCUUUGCCUUGUCAAUCAAGUCAUUUAACUUCCAGAAACGAUAAGAGUUGGACAUAUCGUCGUAGACCAACUUUGGAGUGGGAGCUGAGCGGAAUAGUCAAGUGUUUACUUGUUAUCUGUUACGUUGGUGAGAAAAAACGCAAAGUACAUUAGUAAUUACAUUGUGAGUUUUUCCCAA